AGCGGCGUCGAGCACGUCAGCUGGCUCAAUAGCGAGAAGGCGCGGCGCGUUGAGUGCAGGGGAGAGCACGGCCCCGACAGAGGUCGCGAGAAGACGCCCUCCUUCCGCCCGAAGGACGAGUCACAGGAGGAAGUGGAGCGGGCGCGGCUCGCCGCCGUCGAGGCGCUGCGGCGGCUCGAGCGGGGGGGCCAGCCCGGGCGGCUCCGCGCUGGCGGCGGCCGCCGUGGCCAGAGCGGCGUCAGGCACGCCAGCUGGGUCAAUGGAGAGAAGGCGCGGUGCGUUGGGUGCAGGAUAGGGCACGGCCCCGACAGAGGUCGCAAGAAGACGCCCUCUUUCCGCCCGAAGGGAGAGUCGCCGGAGGAAGCGGAGCGGGCGCGGCUCGCCGCCGUCGAGGCGCUGCGGCGGCUCGAGCGGGGGGGCCAGCUCGGGCGGCCCCGCGCUGGCGACGGCCACCCUGGCCGCCGUGGCCAGAGCGGCGUCGAGCGCGUCCGUUGGGUCAGUAGAGAGAAGGCGCGGCGCGCUGAGUACAGGGCAAGGCACGGCCCCGACAGAGGUCGCAAGAAGACGCCCCCUUUCCGCCCGAAGGACGAGUCGCCGGAGGAAGUGGAGAGGGCGCCGCUCGCCGCCGUCGAGGUGCUGCGGCGGCUCGAGCGGGGGGGCCAGCUCGGGCGGCCCCGCGCUGGCGACGGCCGCCCUGGCCGCCGUGGCCAGAGCGGCGUCGAGCACGUCAUCUCGGUCAAUAGCGAGAAGGCGCGGCGUGUUGAGUACAGGAUAAGGCACGGCCCCGACAGAGGUCGCGAGGAGACGCCCUCUUUCCGCCCGAAGGACGAGUCGCAUGAGGAAGCGGAGCGGGCGCGGCUCGCCGCCGUCGAGGCGCUGCGGCGGCUCGAGUGGGAGGACCAGCCCGAGCGGCUCCGCGCUGGCGGCGGCCACCGCGGCCAGAGCGGUGUCAAUCACGUCAGCUGGGUCAACGGAGAGAAGGCGCGGCGCGUUGAGUACAGGAUAAGGCACGGCCCCGACAGAGGUCACGAGAAGGCGCUCUCUUCCCGCCCGAAGGACGUGUCGCCGGAGGAAGUGGGGCGGGCGGGUCUCGCCGCCGUCGAGGCGCUCCGGCGGCUCCAGGAGGAGGAGGGGGAGCGGCUGUCCGCCUUCCGCAGGCGCUACCCCGUCGGCGACGGCGCCGUCGGGCUCUUGGCGAGGCAGCCGGCCGAGGUGCA